AUGCCUCUCGUCGCAGCAGCCCCCACCCCGCGCGUCAUCCUGGGCCUCAUGACCUUUGGCACUGACGAGGCCACCGGUGCCCGCAUCACUUCCGUGCCUGAGUUUGCAAAGAUCCUCGACCUCUACCAACAACGUGGCUACAGCGAGGUCGACACGGCACGGGUCUACAUUGGCGGCCAGCAGGAGGCCUUCACCCGCGAGGCCGGCUGGAAGGAGAGGGGCCUCACCCUGGCCACAAAGGUCCAGUAUCCGGGCGCGCCGGGCGACAACACUGCCGACAAGGUCAUCGCCAGCGUCGAGACCAGCCUCAAGGAGCUGGGCACCGACUGUACCCUCGAGGCCCUCGACAAGCUGCACAAGCAGGGCAGGUUUGUCAGGCUGGGCAUCUCCAACUUCACCGCCUUCGAGGUGGCCGAGAUCUGCCUGACGGCCAAGUACAACGGCUGGGUCCGGCCCACCGUCUACCAGGGCAUGUACAACGCCAUCACGCGCUCCAUCGAGACCGAGCUGGUCCUCGCCUGCCGCCGCUACGGCCUGGACAUUGUCGUCUACAACCCCAUCGCCGGCGGCCUCUUCUCCGGCAAGAUCAAGUCCAAGGACUUCACCCCGGCAGAGGGCCGUUUCAGCGACACCGCCUCCAGCGGCAAGAUGUACCGCGGCCGUUAUUUCCGCGACUCCACCUUCAACGCCCUGCAGGUCGUCGAGAAGGCCGUCGAGCCCCACGGCCUGUCCCUCGUCGAGACCGCCCUGCGCUGGGUUGUCCACCACUCCAAGCUCAACAUCAAGGACGGCAACGACGGCAUCAUCAUCGGCGUCUCCAGCAUCGACCAGCUGGCCAACAACCUCGACAACAUCGAGAAGGGGCCCCUGCCCGACGACGUCGUCGCCGCCCUCGACGAGGCGUGGAAGAUCUCAAAGGUUGACUCCGUACCCUACUGGCACGGCGAGGUCAAGUAUCACUACGACACCAAGCAGGUCUUGUUCGCCCCGGGCGCCAAGUGA